GAACUUUAAAAAUUUAAGAAGGAAGGGAGAUCCCAGCAGCCAUUAAAAAGACCAGGGAGGAAGUCUGGAAGGAGAGAAGGAGACGCAGAACAAAAAUGGAUUCCGGGGAGAAGAGACUCAACGAGCUGGGCUACAAGCAGGAGCUAAGAAGAGAGAUGACUCUGUUCAAAAGUUUGGCAAUAACGUUCUCGACGGUGACGAUGUUCGCCGGAAUACCUCUGUACGGACCGAGCUUAUUGUAUGCAGGGCCGGCGAGCUUAGUCUGGGGAUGGCUUCUUGUUUCCUUCUUCACUUGCUUCGUCGGACUCGCCCUGGCUGAGAUUUGCUCCUCUUUUCCGGUACGUCUUCGCAAUCCGCUUCACUCUGCAGCCGCCUUUUUUGACAUUAGGUACAAAAUUGUUGUAUGUCGCAUCGGAUUGAAGUUUUUUAGUGGGGAUGCAGCCUACCUACAUAUUGCAUAA